AUGGGGGUGAUGGUGGGACAUGAUCCUGCAUGGGAGGAGGGAGAAUGGAGAAGUUUGGAACCCCCCGGAGCCACCAUCCCCCAGGACAAGACCCCCUCGGGCAGGAUGUGUCCCCCUGGGACAGGAACCCCAGGACAGGAGCCCUGGAUGUGCCCCCCAGGACAGAACCUGCCCCGUGUGGCUCUCAGCACAAACAGCCUCUUCCUCCUGCUGCAGGAGAGAGAAAGUGAAAGUAGCCGCCAGCCAGGGGACAGGUGGCCCUGGCAGCGAGUGACAGCCAGUGCCCAUGGCCGGGGACACCGGGAUGGCCGGGAAGCCCAGACCCUCGGCCUCGCUGGUGCCCAGACCACCCAGCUCCUCGUGCAGCCCCCCUGGACGCCGGCGGUGCUGUGGGACCGGGUGACACUGACCUGCCAGGGCUCGGGCACCGCCGGUGCCACAACCUGGUACAAGGACGGGCGGCGCUGGUGGCAGGAUGGACGCGACAGCUUCCUUGUCACCAAGAGUGGCACCUACACGUGUGACAGACCCGGCAGUGGGCGCAGCCCCCCCGUGCUGGUGUCAAAUGAUCUGCUGGUGCUGCAGGUGCCAGCACGGGCACUGCUGGAGGGGGACACGGUGACACUGCGCUGCCGGGGCAGGCCUGAUAAACUACUCACCAGAGUGCAAUUUCACAAGGAUGGGAAGGAUUUAUGGGGGCACCUCAGUCGCACCGAGCUGUCCCUGUCCCGUCUGCAGGUGCACAGCAGUGGUCGCUACCAAUGCGAGGGCUUGGUGGGCUCAGAAAUGAAAGUGUCAGCGCUGGUGACAGUGACAGUGCAUGAGCUCUUCUCGGUGCCGGUGCUGGAGGGUCCCCCCGAGCUCACCGAGGGCUCCCCCCUCAAUCUCAGCUGCCUCAGCAGCCCCAGCCCCCUGCGGCCCCCAGUCCCCCUCCUGUACAGCUUCUACCGGGAUGGGCAGAGGGUGGGGGGCCCGCAGGGGUCCCCGCAGCUCCUGGUGCCCGCCGUGGGGUUCUCCCACUCGGGGAAUUACAGGUGCCAGGUGAGCUCCGGGGAUGGGGCUGUGUGGAAGAGCAGCGCCCAGCUCGGCGUCACGGUGCGCAAGGUCCCACCCUCGGGGGUGUCCCUGUCAGUGCAGCCCCCUGGAGGACAGCUGGCACUUGGAGACAGCCUGGUGCUGAGCUGCACGGUGGCCAUGGGGACAGGUCCCCUGUCCUUCUCCUGGCACCGGGAGGGCUCGGGGGCAACGCUGGGCACCGGCCCCCGCCUGGAGCUGCGGCACGUUGGGGACAAUGACAGCGGCCACUACCAGUGCCGGGUCAGCAACGGUGAAAGCGUGGCCCAGAGUGUCCCCCUGAAUGUCACUGUCCUGGUGCCCGUGGCCAAUGCCACCAUCACCCCCGGUCCCCCGGCACUCCAGGUGCGCCCAGGUGACCCCGUGACCCUGCGCUGCUCGGUGCAGGUGGGCUCAGCCCCUGUCACAUUCACUUGGCUCCACAACGGGCAGGAGCUGGCCCGGGGCCCCCUCCUGGAGAUUGGGGACGUCGAUGUGGGACAUUCGGGCACCUACCAUUGCAUGGCCACCAACCAGCUGGGACAGGAUGGGCACCGCGUGUUCCGGGCACUCAGCCCAGAGCUGGCCCUGGAGGUGACACCACAGGGAACCACUGGACACCUCUGGAUCACAGGUGGGGUCACACUGACGGCCACAGGGCUUGGCGGGUCCCUCCUCUUCCUCGUGCUGCUCAUGGGUGGAGUUGUGGGCUGGCGCCGGUGGAACAACAUGGCUGCCAGGAAGCAGCAGGAAAGGGCCCCACCGGAGCCCCCGGCCCCCCCAGAGGAGGGGGAGGUGCUGUACACCCACGUCGUGAUCACCGAGCACAUGGGGGUGUCCCCCCGUGCCACCACACUCCAGGAUCCCCAGGUGACCUACGCGGAGCUGCCAGCAACCCAUGGGCGACCAAGGGAAUCUGGGGACAUCUAUGGGAAUGUGCUGUGA